AUGUCAAGGAUCAUUACUGGUGAUGAGAGUUGGGUCCACAGGUACGAACCUGAGAUGAAACAGCAGUUAUCACAAUGGAAGAGCCCUUCAUCUCCACGACCUAAGACAACACGAAAGAACCGCAGUUCAAUCAAGGGUGUGUUGAUCGUUUUUUCCAACAUCUGCAUUAUUGUUCAGCGAGAAUUCAUCCCCCAGGGCCAGCCAGUCAAUCGGCAGUUUUUACUACGCCGUUUUGAGAGAAGAAAUUUGGCGAAAAGACCGGUUCUGCAGAGCGCGAAGAACCGGAUUCUUCAUGACGACAAUGCAUCCUGCCACCGAUCUCUGCUCUCUCGUGAAUUUCUCAUCAAAAACAACACAGUAUCGCUUCUACAUCAGCCCUAUUCGUCACAUUUAGCCAACUUCCUGCGGGCUUCCAUUUCUUUCCCAAGAUGA